AACUUUGCUAAGUUUUCAAGGCAAGUUUUGAUUUUAAUUAUCAAGAAAUAAAAUAAAUAAAAAUAGAGAAAAGAGAAGCUCAAUUUCAGUACACCACGUAGCCCAAUAGGCAAGGAAAGAAAAAGAAGGUAAGAGAAAGAGAGCCCAAACAAGAUUAUUAUUAUGGUUAACAAAAUCAAUGGCAGCAUAGUCCGUACUACUCAGCACAGAGAGACUAACAUCCUCAUCAGAUCACCGAAAAUGUACGGAAAAGCCGCUAUAGCCUUCGUCUUCGUUAUCCUUCUGGUAAUCUCUUACUCCAUUUCAAUAGGCACCGUCGACCUCAGAUCAUACUUCUUUCCUUUGCUUCAGUCAUCCUCGGUUGCACCAUCUCUUUGUGCUACCAACUCUCUUCUUAGGGUCUACAUGUACGAUCUUCCUCGUCGCUUCAAUGUUGGGAUGCUUAAUCGCCGGAGCUUGGAACAAACGCCGGUGACUAGCCGGACAUGGCCGCCGUGGCCUGUGAACUCCGGUUUGAAGAGGCAACAUAGCGUUGAGUAUUGGAUGAUGGGUUCGCUUCUGUAUGAAGGGGAUGGUGAAGACGGUGAGGUGAGAGAGGUGGUUAGGGUAUUGGAUCCGGAAAUGGCUGACGCUUUUUUUGUGCCGUUCUUUUCAUCUUUGAGUUUUAAUACUCAUGGCCAUAACAUGACUGAUCCAAAAACUCGGGUUGAUCGUCAAUUGCAGAUUGAUUUGCUAGAAAUCUUGCGGGUAUCCAAGUACUGGAAGAGAUAUGGAGGCAGAGACCAUGUAAUUCCUAUGACUCACCCCAAUGCUUUCAGAUUUCUUCGUACAGAAGUGAAUGCAUCCAUUCAGAUUGUCGUAGAUUUCGGGCGCUAUCCUAGAAUCAUGUCAAACUUGAGCAAAGAUGCAGUGGCCCCAUAUGUACAUGUUGUUGAAUCCUUUACAAAUGAUAAUCUUUCAGAUCCAUUUGAGUCUCGCCCAACGCUUCUCUUCUUUAGGGGGAGGACAUUCCGGAAAGAUGAAGGUAUUGUUCGUGUAAAGCUGGCAAAGGUACUGGCUGGUUAUGAUGAUGUUCACUAUGAGAGGAGUGUUGCUACUGGAGAAAAUAUAAAAGCGUCUUCAUUAGGAAUGCGUUCAUCAAAGUUCUGUCUUCAUCCUGCGGGAGACACUCCAUCAUCAUGUCGUUUAUUUGAUGCUAUUGUGAGUCAUUGUAUUCCUGUCAUAGUGAGUGAUCAAAUUGAGCUCCCAUUCGAGGAUGAAAUUGACUACAGCCAGUUCUCAUUAUUCUUCUCAUUUAAAGAGGCUCUGGAACCUGGUUACAUGGUUACUAAGCUCCGCGAAUUUCCCAAGGAAAAAUGGGUUGAAAUGUGGAGACAGCUUAAGAACAUUUCGCAUCAUUUUGAAUUCCAGUACCCACCGAAAAAGGAAGAUGCAGUUGAUAUGUUAUGGAGACAGGUGAAACACAAGCUUCCUGGGGUUAAACUUGCUGUACAUAGAAACCAAAGGCUAAAAAUUCCAGACUGGUGGAGGCGAAGAUGAUCUCAAGAUUUUAAUCUCUCAUUGUACAUUCAGAAUCUUUUUACGGCCACAGUUGAAAUUCUUAAAGCGGGGAAGAGAAUAACUACUGGUAAUUGCAAACCCCAGAUUCAGUUAGUGCAUUUUCCAGUUUGUGUAGAGUAGUGUUGUUUUCUUCAUCUUAUACUUGUCUAUUCUCUGGUCUACUCUUCCUAGUAUAUAAAGAUGAGUGGCAUGUUUCAUGGUUUCGUUUCUUCAUUGUGAUCUGAUAGCUUUGUUGUCACCCCUUGCUUGACAAUUUUGGUGACUUUUCUGAUUUUUACACGGAAAAUAUUUAUUUGAUAUUGUAGUUAGUAACAUACAGGGAUGUACAUCAGACAUUUUUGUAGUUGGUUAUGAUUGGUUGCAAUUGUAUUUUUGGGUAUUUUUUUUUAUGUUAAUCAGUGCAAAGUGUUAGUUGUAACUUGUAUCUA